AUGUCCGACUCCGACGCACCUACCAACGUAUCUGUUAGAGAUCUCGACUAUUCUGGACUCAGAAAAGCCAUCGAUACAAGACUCAACAAAUAUUUCGAGAGGUUGGACGCACCAGAGUCUCACGAAAGACCCAAGGACAUUCAUCGUAACGACUUUUACAAAUUUACAAUCCGUGCCGAAGAGCCAAAUGUAGAAUUUAUCAAGUUUGUACCAAAAAUCAUGUGGUGCAGCAAACUGGGAGUCUACAAACACGUUUCCCGUGAGCGGGCUUAUGAACUUCGCAUUGUUCUUGAUGAGUUUUGUGAGGAAUGGUGCAGUCAAUGGUUGACCGGUGAUGCUGGAAUAUUCUUUGUGCAGAUUCACUUGGGAGCACAUCUCACCGAUUUUCUUCUAAAGUUGGAUGAAGAUUUUCUUCGAACAAUUAUGGCUCAAAUUGUCAUGGACGAAGGCUACGGAUGCCCUAUUUACAAUGAAAAAAAUGAGCCUAUCUUCGUGAUCAAUAUUGACCCAUCAAAGCUAUCCCAUAAUAAUCCGCGAAAGAUGGUCACGGCAUACACUGCUAUGGAUGUCGAGGAAAUUCGAAAGUUUGUUCGGGAUUUGUAUUAUAAAUCUUGUAUCGACCAAAGUACUCGUGGAGCCAAGAUUCGUUGCGAUCUUCGUUUGGAAGGUCAGAGAGUAAUCUCCCAAGUCAAACUAUGGGAGGAGGGUGACUCAGAUUAUAAUGAAGUUGGAGACGAGGACGAAGAUGAAUCGCUGUUUGAAGAGGUGCUCGAAGGUCGCAAAAAAGACGAGGAUGCCGUCUGGAGACGAAGGAUCUGGUUCGCACUCGAAAAAAUGAGAGCUCCACAACUUCGGAGGGCUAUCCACAUGGCAUGCGGAGGAGUCUACAAGCUGGAUGUGCCCGCUGAUGAGGAAUAUAUCAAUGAAAAGGACGAUUUGACUUUGCGGCGUAUAAUCGCGGUAAUCUUGAUAGUUGGCACUCGAGUUGUCCUCACACACGAAGCCGCAACUUGCGAUUUAUUGGAGAAAAUGACUCCUGAUGAACUUAGAAAAACCCUUAUAGUUUUGUGUAAUGCUCAACCUGUCUAUUUCUCAUUCAUUGAAGGCGAGCAACUUAUGAUAGACGGGAGAACAAUUACUCUGGAUAUUAUUGACCGAGUCAAGCCGCAAGAUGAGAGCUCCAGUGAGAGCGGAGAACAGGAUUCAUCAGAUGAAUAUCCAGAAGAAGAGGAAGCAAUUGAUCAUGGAGUGGAAGUUGAAACACCCAACGAAGAACCCGACGAAGAACCUGACGAAGACCCUGAUGAGCCUGAGUCCCCAAUUCAUAGAAAGAGGCCCAGACUGUGGGUUUAG